AUGUUAACAGAAAGACCUAAACUCACGGUGAUCGAGUCAAAAUUUAAGUUUACAGUAGACCAUAUUUCGAAAAUAAAAGAUUCAAUCUCAUCACCUCAGUGUGUCAUCCAGCAUUUACCUUGGAAUAUUAUUGUUAAGCCAGAGUAUGAAACACAGAAAGAAAGACAACCUCUUGGACUUUCUAUUAUUUGUGAAGGAAAUAAUACAAAAAAUUGGACGUGUCUGGCUGAUGUUCAGUUUAGUUUAUAUUCCAGUAAAAAAAAUCGAAGACCAUUUUCCCGGCUAAAUAAUUCGCUGACAGAAGUGAGAUUUCGGCAUACUUACAAAAAUAUUUUGAAUAUGCAAGAACCACUUACGCUAGGCCCAUUUAUAGCAUACGAUUUAGCAUGGAAGAUUUUGGUGAAGCCGCCAUCAAUCAUAGUACCAGUUGAACCAAAGGGUAUCGGGUUAUUUUUACAGUGCAACAAUGAAGUUUAUUCGGAUACCUGGAGCUGUCGUGCCCGAGCUGUAUUAGGAAUACGUUCUAGGACAGAAAAAAAUGAUGAUACUAUUUCUCGAACAAUCGAACAUACGUUUUGCAGUAAAAGAAACACAGCAGGUUGGGAUAGUUUGGUGUUGUGGAAAGAUUUAUUAGAUGCUGGUAAACAGUAUAUCAAAGACGACUCGAUUAUUGUUCAAGCUCACGUUUCUCCAGAAGAGUUUAAUUUAUGUGCGUAUUUAAGCGUACGGGAAGCAACAUUUUGGUUUACAGUAAAAAAUAUUUCGACAUUAAAUGAAAUUCAGUCGUCAUUGCCAUGCUUUAUAGCAAAUAUGCCAUGGAAAAUAAGAAUAGGUCCCGUUAAAAUCAACGGACAGAAGUCACUCAGUUUCUUUUUAAAUUGUAACGAGACGAACAACUUAAUAGCAUGGAGUUGUAAUGCCGACGCGGAAUUACGUAUUCUUCCUUGUAAUGAUGACCAGAAACCUUUUACCAGAAAACUGUUUCCAAGAAUUUAUUCAGUUGGACAUGAUAGCUGGGGAACUAAAAACUUCAUAAUGUGGGAUGAUUUAGUAAAUCCAGAGAAGGGUUUCAUUGAAGAUGAUUCUGUUAUAUUUGAAGCAUACGUCAAAGUUAUUGAUUAA